AUGCUCUGGACCCUUCAAUGUGGGGUUCUUCAGGGUUUGAUUUUAUCCCCCAUACUGUUUAACAUCUACAUGAAACCGCUGAGUGGGAUCAUCCAGAGUUUUGGAGUAAGUUGUCAGCAAUAUGCUAAUGACACACAGCUCUACUUUUCUUCUACAUUUGCAGGUGUGGCCAUGUAUGUAUUGGACUGUUGUCUUGCCUUGGUAAUGGACUGGAUAAGAGCCAAUAAACGGAAGCUCAAUCCAGAUAAGACUGAGGCACUGCUAGUGGGUUUGUUCCCUAGACCAGAUGAAUCGGAGGUUGCCUGCUCUUGA